AUGUUUCUCAAAAGUCUUAUUUGUUCCCUGCUCGUAGCUACCAAGGUAGCAGCAGCACCGCAGUCAUCUGCUCCUUCAUUGUCCAAGAGAUGUACAAACUCUGCCGAGGAUCGCAGCUGCUGGGGUGAUUAUGAUAUCUCUACCAACUACUACGAUGAGGCCCCUGAUACCGGCGUCGUUCGUGAAUACUGGUUCAACAUUGUGAACACAACUGCCGCCCCAGAUGGCGUUGAGCGAGUGGUUCUCAGUGUCAAUGGCUCAAUUCCUGGCCCAACCAUUAUCGCAGACUGGGGUGAUACUGUUGUUGUUCAUGUAACCAAUUCCAUGGAGAACAAUGGCUCGAGCAUCCAUUUCCACGGAAUCCGACAGAACUACACCAACCAGAACGAUGGAGUGCCAAGUGUCACCCAGUGCCCCAUUGCACCGGGUGAUUCGUAUACAUACACAUGGAAAGCUUCGCAGUACGGAUCCAGUUGGUACCACUCGCACUUCUAUCUUCAAGCUUGGGACGGCAUCUUCGGUGGCAUUGUCAUCAACGGCCCAGCUACUGCAAACUAUGAUGAAGAUCUUGGUAACCUCUUCCUGAAUGAUUGGUCCCAUCUGACCGCGGACGUGGAGGCUUUGGCCGCCCUGGCCACUGGACCCCCUACGCUUGACAAUGGACUCAUCAACGGUACCAACGUUUAUGAAGACGGCGGCUCACGAUACGAAACUACCUUUGAAGCUGGAAAGCGCUACUUGCUUCGUCUUGUCAACGGUGCCGCGGACACUGUCUUUCAUUUCUCUAUUGACAACCACACGUUGGAAGUUAUUGCUGCCGAUUUCGUGCCCAUUGUUCCCUAUACAACGGACUUUGUAUCCAUCACCAUGGGCCAACGUUACGACGUCAUCGUCACUGCCGACGCGGUAGCAGACAACUACUGGAUGCGCGCCCUAAUUCAGACGGCCUGCAGUGACAAUGCCAACCCCGACAACGUACGGGGCAUCAUUCGCUACGACAGCACAUCUACCGACGACCCGACCUCGACGGCCUGGGCCGACGCCACCACGGACGGGACAUGCUACGAUGAGGACAUGUCGCAGCUUGUUCCCUACGUGCCCAUUACCGCCUCCAGCGAUCCCGACUUUACCGACGACUUUAAUGUCAAGAUCGUCAUUGGAGACAAUGGCGUGCUCUGGGAGAUGGGCUCCUCGUCCUUUGUGAGCCAGUGGGACAACCCGACGCUACUCCAGGUCGAGGAGGGCAAUGAUACCUUCUCCGACGCCCAACAGGUCUAUGCUUUCCCCGAUGCGAAUCAGUGGGUUUACUGGGUGAUCCAGACCACCAACAAUGCAGUGCACCCUAUGCAUCUACACGGCCAUGACUUCUGGAUUCUCGGCCAAGGACUUGGAACUUACGAUGCGGAGACCGCCAACCUGACCUAUGCCAACCCGCCUCGAAGAGACGUGGUCCAGCUCCCUGGAGCCGGCUACGUGGUCAUCGCCUUUUACACUGACAACCCUGGAGUCUGGCUCAUGCACUGCCACAUUGCCUGGCACACCUCUGAAGGUCUCGCGGUACAGGUUCUAGAGCGAGAGUCGGAGAUCGGUGCCUUGAUCGACGCAGACGUGAUGAGUUCGACGUGCUCUGCCUGGGAUGACUAUACUUCAGAGGACGAUGUCAUUCAGGACGAUUCCGGAAUAUAA